UACAAUAAUCUGAAUAUCAAAUCAUAUGAAAAGACUUCGGAAAGAACUAUUGACUUGGGUCGGAUUUACGAUGAAUUGAGCGAAAGUACACCAAAGGAUAGAAAUUUAUAUACAAAAUCACUACUCAAUAGCAUAGAAGAGAACAUAAAUUUGAGAAGAAUCACGUUGACAUACACAUCUGGGCCUGAUUUUACAGAGCAUUCCGAAAUAUUUGAAUCCAUCAUAAGUCUACUUCAAAAGGAACAUGAAAUAACAUAUCUAAAAAUAGAACUGCAAGAAAAUUACACUCUAAGAGAUUUACGUUACUUUCAUCACCUUGAGGAACUCCAUAUAAAUGCAACGAUUUCUGCUAAUGAAUUGAGCGAAUGUUGCGAAUCGAAUCCAAACUUGCGUAGUCUCUCCGUACUGAGUAAUAGAAUCUCUGGCAGAUUGGAUGACAUUGCCCGUGGUGGGGAUAAAUUACAAAAAUUGGAACAAUUAGAUUUCCUUAUGAAAGAGAUUGAUGCCAAUGUAUAUGUAGCCUUGGCAAUGCUACCAAAACUUAAUCACCUAAGAAUUCGAGGCCAGCAUGAAGUUGGUUCUUUGAGGCAUCUCUUUAAAAACUUUGCAAACAAUUCUUGUGGUAAUUUACGUAACCUAGUCAUGGACGAGGCCCAUAUGAAUCCUGAAGAGACACUGGCCUUAUCUGGAAUUGAAUCAUUACGCCAGUUGAAGUGCGGCUUUCUCGAUAUUUCCUAUAUUGGCCAAUUGACACAACUUACAAAAUUCGAAAUAACGACAGAACAUCAAAUUAAUGUUCUGUUGCCUGAACUUGUCAAUAUCAUAAAUUGUAUCAAGUAUCGCUCCAUAUCAAUCACAUUUAUAGAAGGUACAAUUGAAUUUGAGAAAACACAAAGGAAACUUGGAGUGUCGUUAAAUCCAUAUGACAUUGAUGCCUCCGAGUACAGUGAUCUGGCUAAUGUAUCAGGUUUGAAGGGUCUUCAUAUUAUGGCUCUUUGUCAUAAAAAUGGCUCUUUAUUGAAAUUGUUAAGAAGAUUGGAAAGGAUGACUCUUCAAGAUUUGCAUCUAACGGGUAAAAGUUUUGAUGGAAUGAAGCUGCCCGAGCAUAUAGGAGAAGACCUAUAUUUCCGAAUAAAUCCACAAGAGAUUUUUCAAAUUUCAACAAUUAAAUCUCUUCGUAGCUUGAACUGUGUUUUUGAUAAUCUGUAUAACAUCUUCAUUUUGGAUCAAUUGCCACAUUUGGAGAGUUUGACCAUAAAGGUGACACACUUUUUGGAAAAAGCUGAGAUAGAGGCAUUGAAAAUGUUAUUCCUCUACCUAGCCACAAAACCAAAGCAAACACUUUAUCAUUUGGAAAUAUCGGGGUUAACAAUAGACUUGUACCUGUCAAACGAAAUAGCUAAAAUUCAAUCAUUGCAAAAACUUAGCUGCAAGUUCUUAAACUCCCAGAGCAUUGAACCUCUCUAUGAACUCAAUCAACUUGAGGAUCUGGAAAUCCAAUUAACAAAUGACUUUAAUAGUACAUCUCAGGGAAUUCUUAAAAUUUUAUCAUCAACCGAUUCUACACGUUUUAAAAUUAGCACAGUAAACGGCUCCAUAACUUACAAUAGCCAAUUGAAAGAAAUUGUUCUAACGUUGAUUCGAAACGCGGAUGCAGCAGCCUUCGCUGCUUUGGGAGAUUGGGAAAUCUACUUUAACCUUUUCAUAGUUGGAGAGUGUAAAUUGGGUUCGUUGCACUCAUUACUUGAAAAACUUUCCAAAAGAGAAAACCACAAGCUCAAGCAAUUGUAUAUUGAGGAUAUUCCAAUCAAUUAUGAAGAAACACUGCUUGUCAGCAAGAUAAAAAGCUUGGAGAAAAUUGGCUUAUCAUUCUCAGAUUCCAGAAGUUUUGAAGUCUUACAUCGUCUCACCUCUUUAAAAUUAAUCAGAUCAAAAGAUAGCAAAUUUCCUAUCCAGAUAUUGAGCUUUCUUAACAGUUGUGAGAGUGAGAUUAUCAUAGAGCAAACAAAUCGUGAAAUAAUCUAUAACAAAACUCAAGGAAAGCUAAUUCUAAAAAACACUUCCACCGAUGGUGAAGUUCAUAAUGCUAACGAUUAUGCUUGCCUAGGACAAUUGGACAAUUUGAAGACUCUUCGUAUAGCUGGCGAAAAUAAAUGUCGUUCCUUGCAAAAAUUACUCGGCAUUAUUGCAAUAUAUGCCAACCUUACUGAAUUGAUAUUAGAAAAAAUAAACCUCAAAGAAUUUACAAUAGUUGAUGUAAAUGAUGUUGAAAAUGUUCAACCUACUACAAUAACUCCAGUGGAGCUGAUGGAGAUCGUCAAAAUGAAUUCAUUAAAAACACUGAAAUGUGGAUUUCUCAAAAACGAAAAUAUUGCAUUUUUAUCGCAACUAGAGAAUCUUAAUCAACUGACUAUAACAACACAUCAAACUGGAUCCUUACAAAAACUUUUUGAAAAAAUUGCUCUGCAACCCUCAUCAGCACUUGAAUUUCUAAGUAUAGAGAAAAACGGUCUUACCCUUAAAGAGUUGCAACCACUUGCCCAUAUAAAGUCAUUAAAACGACUGGAACUUUGUUCAAUUAGCACAGGAAACCAGUACGGGUUACCAACGUUCGCUCAUCUUAACGAACUCUUUAUAAGAUCACAUCAGGGGGGAACACUUUUUAUGGAACCAGAAUUAAAUUUCGAUUCCGCUUUAGAGAGCAUCAUUAUACUGGGAAGCCCUUUGGAGGUUCAAGAUGUUGCCGCACUGGCACUUUAUAAAUCAUUAAGAAAACUCCAAAUCAAUGUCGAACAAUUUGAGACAAUCGAUCUGUUGUCCUCAUUCUGCAAACUGGAGGAACUCAAUAUACGACUAAUUGGAAAUGAGCCACAAUCCAAUAUAUCAAUACCACCAAAAUAUCCGCAAAAUCUUCGAAAAUUGAUUAUAAAAAAUCGAACAAUUUUAGGAGCAGAUAUUCAAAAUAUUAUGGAAAUUUCAAAUCUCCAGUCUUUGGAUUGUAUUAUUGAUGCCGAAACAUGUGAACAAUUGGCCCUAUUUGAAAAGCUUGAGGAACUCAUUAUAACAAUCUCGAAAAACGGAUCCUUGGCAGGACUGCUGCAGGCAUUAACACAGAAAACUCCAUCAAUACUCAAACAUUUGACCAUAAAUAACAAAUUAUUGGAUUUGGGCGAAGUAGCAAAACUCAAAUGUAUAAGUUCAUUGACAUCAAUUCAUUGUGGGCUUUUAGAAGAUGCUUCUUUUUAUGAUCUACAACAUCUUAAUAAUCUCAAAAUAUUGACAAUAACAUCACACCAUGAUUUUAGAAAUAUUUCUAACGCGUUUUUAGAAAUCUUAAAAUAUUGCACUAGUCUAGACUCCAUCGACUUGAUUGAUUGUGUAGGAGAAAUUAACACAAGAUUUAUCUGCAAGGCCGCAUGGGUGCUAGAAAAUGUCAGAGAUCCGACUACCCAAAAGCCCUUGGAAUUACGUACGAUUGCCUUUCGGAAUUUUGACAAGGAACUGUUUGACGGCGAAAGAUAUCUAAAUAUAUCACAUUAUAGGACACAAGAGAAUGUUACUUAAAUCAAAAGGUUAAUAAUUUAAAAAAACGA